AUGAAUAAUGCGAUUAAGAACAAACAAAUAAAAGAAGUGAAAAAGAUCGAAAGGAGUAUUUCGUCACAUUUGAAUCGCUUCGUAGGGCAUAAACGACGAUAUAACGAAGAAAGAAUCAAUGUAUCACCCUCUUCACAAUCUCCUACACUAACGGACGAAUACAUUCCAACAAUAUCAGAAUUAGUCAAAGACCUGAAUAUAGAGAAACUUAUUGAAUAUUUGAAGCAGCGAGAAUUCGAAAUAUUACGUAAAAAAGAUAUUACCGAUUUUAUCGAGAGUCUUAAACCGCGCGGAUUAAGAGCAUUUUCUUCAUAUAAUUCUUUUAAAGGAUUCAAGGAUGUUUUAAAACAAUUUAAAAUUAACGGCAGUACUAUUAACGACAUUAAACAAUUGACAUUAGAACGUUGUGUAGAUGAUUUGUCGACUUUAUUUGCAGAUGAUAAUGAAGCAAAACGCAGAGAAUUCAUCAUAAUACAUAUAGUAAAAAGAAUUACGAAUGAAAAGGUAACCACACCCUCAGAGUUUGGUUAG